GCCGAGGUGUACCUCUGUCCUAUCCACGACAUUCACCAGGACCUCCACCCAGGGGCAGAGACAAAGCUUUGUCUGUGUCACGUUCGGGUGACUGGUCAGGAUCAGGGUCAAAGCCGAGAUCAGGCUUAGUGAGGGCUCAGCCUGUCCGGGAACACAGACAUGAAUCAAAAGCAAAAAGGCUGUCACCAUCACCGAAGCUUGAGCCAUCCAUAAAGAAACGGCGACUGUCAUCUGCUUCUUUGAGCCCAUUACGGAAACAUUCAAGAAGCAGGUCACGGGGAAGGUCACCUAUUUCUUCUUCAUCACAUGCCAAGAAGGAUUUGUCGUCAGCUCGUGAUGUUAGUAGCUUGAUUCCUCAGAGGAAGGUUAGCAGUUCAUCCAGCAAGCGGAAGAGUCCGCGGGUGACUCUUCACAAACGGUUCACAUUGGAUGAUCAGGAGACAUUUGAAAUUGAGGAGAAUGUGACGAUUGCUAUCUUGCGCAAACCAGAUGCCCAGCCUUCUGAGGAUGUUACAGUCAAGAAAGUUUUUGAGGCAUCACAGUUUAAAAUGAUUCACAAGAAGACGGAGGGCAGGAAGCCCAUCUUUGACCGGGAGGAGAUUAAAGUGUGGCGUCACGACGAGAACUUGACAGAUGACCCAGAUUAUGAGUAUCGGCUGGUGAGGGUGAAAUCCACCACAGGAACAUCAAAGUCCGCAUCCAACGAGCUGUCACGCCUGUCACCAGAUGUUGUCAGGAAAACUAUAAGACUGCAGGAAAGUGGGAAAUCUAAUGUAUUGGCAUCACAUGCAGAACCACCGAUCAGACUUGACCCUAGACCAGAUCCCCGCUAUGAGUCGAGGUUCCACCAGCCCAAAGAGAAAGAUGAUGAAUUCAGGAGUGUAAAGAGAAGAGAUGGGGAAAAAAAGAAAGAGUUUGAUGACAGACGUGGAAGUGUCGACAUUAGAGGUCGCAAGGAAUAUGUGAGCGAUCGGAAAUGGGAGGAUGAGAAGAGAGAAGAACGAGGGAAGGAAGAAACUUACGAUUUGAGGCAGGCUCUGGAGAGACGUCGGAGUGACAAAGAAGAAGGUUUUCGAUUUGAAGUCAGACGUGACAGUGUCCCAGCAGAAGGUGGGUAUUACGUGGACAGUCAGCAGGCGGGUCCCUCUAACGUGGAUCAACGCAGGUUUCCCUACAAAGAAGCACCGGGUCGUAGUGUGGUUGUAGAUGAGAAUCGAGCCAGGAAACAGUUUGGUGGCAGUGUUGCUAGAGAUCACGACUCGUCUUGGAGUGGGAGGAGGUUUAACGAUGAGCAAGGACAUGCAGCAGGGAACAGAGGCAGUCUUGGGACAGGAGAGACAGAUGGAGCCGUGAGAGAAGAUGUGGCAGAUUUUAGGGAUGGGGACAGUGGCUUUGACAGGCGACGAAAAUACAGCAACAGUCCUCCAGCCACAAGAGGUUGGAGGGGAGGCUACAGAGGUCGUGCUAGGGGUCGUCCACGAGAGUUUGUUCCCUUUGAGCCAGAUUACCCUCUGCCAACAGUUAUCAAUGAUACUUUCCAAUACUCACAACAUGAUGAUCGUGGUGUUUCCCCACGGCCUUUCAGGAGGGGAGGUUUUCGGGGCCGCUUUGGGCCUCGCAACUUUGGUGGCAAAAAUUUCCGAGCUAUGACUCGGGGCUCUCGAGGUGGAUUUAGAGGCUUCAGAGGAGGAACUAGAGGACGAGGGUUCGGGUCUCAAGGAGACAGGCGUAAAGAUGGACUGAUGAAUUUCAUGUCGUACACACACACUCACGCACAGUCAGCAUUCACACAUCUGCGAUAUAAUUCUCUCUCUUUCUCUCUCUCUCAUGCGCACACACACAGUCUACAUACACACAGCACUGAGAGAACACUUCACACACAUAUAGUUUACAACAUAACGCACUGUCAGAAAAGAACCGCGGUGCUGUAG